AUGCCUGGUCGUUAUUAUCAUCAAUUAGAGACACGAUCAAAGUCAUUAUUCGAACAAAAUGAGGUUAUCAAGAAACAGGAGGAAAAAUUUUCAGUAUUGGACGAUUCAGCGGCGGAAGCAAUUGGAACACAAAUAAUGAUUGAGUGUGCAGCAUUGUUGAUUUUCGUUUGGCUCUCAAUGUCCGGGUCGAAAGGAAAAUCAUUACCGUCAGAGAAUAAGAGACUCAAGGAACUCGACGAUUUUAAAAAUUGGAGAAAAGAAAUGGAACGAAAAGUUGAAGAACAGAGGGCAACAAUUCAGGAGUUGCGCACACUUCUGCGUUAGCUAUGCCAAAAAGAAGUAGAAAAAAACUCUUUUCGAGAGUCGAAAGGCGCCUGUAAAACGAGACAAGAAAAUGAUACUUGAAAGUUACCUCACAAACACACAAGACUGUCAUAAACUAUUAACUUUUCCGGAAGUCUUUAUCCAACGGCUUGUUUCCCCUCUCUCUCUCUCUCUCUCUUUUGGAAAAUUCACAUUCCUUUUCGGGCAAUAAUCAUAAUAAUAA